AAUUAAUCUUAAUCAGUAAAGAUUACUAAUGGUGUUCAGUAAAUUAUUAUUUUUUUGUUUUGUUUUCAAAAAGAUUCGAAUUAGCUGGUUUUUUUUCUUCUUUUUUUCGAUAGAAAUUUGAAUGUUAAAGAGUCGAAAUUGAAGAUAAACUACUUUUCAAAAUUUUGUUUAAAUUUUUUGCGUAUUCUCCCCCCUUGUUAAACCAUUCAAUUAUGUGUUUUUUUCAUCAUUCUCUACAAAAAACCUUCCGUAAAAGUUUAAAAAAAAUGUACCACGGAAUGACAGACAUAAAUACAAUUUAUUUAAGUGUGUAUCAAACUGGUAACCCUUUGCAUUAAUCAGUACCCAAGAAUAGCUCUUGGUUUCAAAAAAGGUUGGUGACCCCUGGUGUAGAGGGUGCAGAGUAGGGGGCUUAGCACCCAGCCCUGGGGGAGUCGGUGCUGAUGCUGAGAGAUGGGAGCCUACUCUCACUCUCUGAGAGCGAUUUGUCAGGAAGUCCAGGAGCCAGUGACAAAUGGAGGAAGACAGUGCCAGCCCCGUCAGUUUGGGCACCAGUCUGUAGGGGAGGAUGGUAUUGAACGCAGAGCUUUAAUCAACGAAGAGUAGCCUUGCACAGCUCCCCUGCUGCUCUAGGUGGCUAAGAACAGUUUGGAGGGCUGUUGCGAUAGCAUCGUCUGUAGAUCUGUUGGCCAUGUACGUAAAGUGGUGAGAGUCCAAUGCAGGUGGCAGUUUUGAGGUGAUUUGCCCCCGAACCAGAGUUUCAAAGCACUUAAUAAUGAUUGGUGUAAGUGCCAAUGGACAGUAAUCAUUCAGGCUGUUGACUGCAGUUUUUUUUGGCAGUGGGACAAUAACAGAGUCCUUUAGACAGGGUGGGACGAUGUACUGGGACAAGGACGGCUUGAAAAUCCCGGUAAAGACAACAGCCAGCUGGUCUGCACAGGUCUUUAGUCCACGUCCAGGUACGCAAUCCGGUCCAGCAGCUUUCCUCGGGUUCACCCUCCUUAGUGUGGGCACAGCUCGGUUGACUUAAUUUUACUGCAAAAAAACAAACAUUGGUCGGGGUUUUUUCAACUUACAGUAAUAUGCUAUAUUAAAAAAAAAACUCCCUAAAUUUUACAGUAAAAUCUAUUGGUCAUUUUUAUAGUGUACAAUUUGACGGAUAACUUGCUUUGAAUUCUUAAGUUAAGCAGAUAUUUAAGUAUUUAUUUAGAUUUAGACCAAAAAAGUUAUAAAAUAUAUUGUUAUAUAUAUAUAUAUAUUGUUGUAAUAUUGAACACUAUUUUUUUCCCUGUUUAAACAUUAAAAAAAAAAAACUAAUACCUUUUUAGAAAGAAAGUAAAGAAAGAAAAUAAGUAUAAGUAUUUUAUUGACUCAUUAUUUCCAGGCUUUUGCAGGACAUAUAAAAUGAGGUCUGGCCCCCACUGCGGGUGUUGAGUGAUUUAGUUUCACCAAACUGUCAUUCUGUGGUAUACUUUCAGUCAGGUCCUACCACAUAAUUAACGAUUGAAAGUAAGUCAAAAAAACAACAAAGGUGAGGUACAUAAAUAUUUCCAGAGGUUUAAUUUAAAACAGUCCAAAAAUCACACAACUUGCCUAAUAAUGAGUGUACAAGAAUACGUGCGGCCUGCACCUAAUGGUGGAAAAGCUCCACCCUGUUGCUACGUGACUACCAAGUGGUUGUAGUCUUGUCACACGUCCAGAAUGUUUUGUAGGAGUCAACAAAGAAGACAUGAGAUAAGGAACAGGCGGCAUAAAAACACCUGGUGAUUUACACAAGACUCCUGCCUUAAUGGAUGUGCCACACACAUGGAGGACGUGAGGAACCUGUUGGAGGAAGAAGUCGACACUUACAGCAAGACAAGAUGGCCGAGCCCAUCCUGAUCGCCAACUUAACGCAGGAGUGGCUGGCGAGCUUGCGAAGGUGGCACCUGGACUUUUUCUUCAUCCCCACCACUGUGGUGACGCUGGCCACCAUGCUGGUCAACCCCGUCCUCAUGGCGUGCAUCUUGGCAUCCCGCGCCUUACGCCAGGAGACGCGCUACCUGCUGGUGGCCAACACCUUAGCGGCGGACAUGCUCUUCCUCACCCUCAACCUGCUCACCGCCGUCCUCAACACCGCCCGGGCCGAGGUGCCAUGGCUGUUGUGCGAGCUGGUCACCGCCGUCACCGUCACGGCGUACUGCUGCGCCAUCCUCACAGUCACCCUCAUGGUGGUGGACACCUACGCCGCCGUGCGCUGGCCGCUGCGCUACCGCCACCUCCUCCCACCCGCCCGCGCCCGCAGGAUCCUGCUGGGGGCUUGGCUGCUGGCGGCGACGUACCCCCUCGCCCUGGUCAUGGUCAUGGAGGCGGAGAGAGGGAACCCGCAGGAGAAGAUGGCUGUGUGCCUCGUCCUCGUCUCCCUGGGCAUUGUCCAGGCCAAAAACAUGGCGGGGAUCCACAUCUACUUCUUUGUCGCCGCUCUGAUCUGCGCCGUGCUCAUCUUUUACUGCUACAUCCGCCUCUACAUGGUGACCAGGACCCAGGGCAUCUGGCAGAACCGCUUCUCCAGAGCCAGGGUCACGCUGUUGGCCCACGGGGUUCUGCUGCUGCUCUACUUCCUGCCCGGCUUCGUCUUCACCCUGGAGCUCCUCCUGUUUCAGAGCCAAAAUGUCAGCCAAGAUGUUCGAGUGUGGUUGAGCACGGUCAACAUGUGUGUCUUCAUGUUGCUGCCGAGGGCCUUCGCGCCGUACCUGUACGGACUGAGAUACCGGGAGAUCUCUGAUACCAUAGUGCAGCUGCUGCAUCGACAUCGAAGACUCAGCCAGAUCACUGCAUCGUAGGUGUCCUUCAUACUUCUACACUUCCUGUUCCAGCCCGUGUCCAGCAGCACCCCUGGCGAGUAAAUAGACCUUCACCUUUUCAAGUUCAAAGGCUUUCAGCGCCACCUAAUAUCAGGUAUUGCUAGAUCCAUCCACCCAUCUUCUUUUGCUUAUCCAAGGUCGGGCCGUGGGGCAAAAGCCGAAGCAGAGAAGCCCAGACAUCACUCUCCACGGCCACUUCUUCCAGCUCAUGAGGCAUUCCCAGGCCAGCUGAGAGACAUAGUCUUCCCAACGUGUCCUGGGUCUUCCCCAUGGCCUCCUACCGGUCAGAUGUGUCCUAAACACCUCCCUAGGGAGGCGUUCGGGUGGCAUCCUGACCAGAUGCCCGAACCACCUCAUCUGGUUCCUCUCGAUGGGGAGGAGCAAUGGCUUUACUUAGAGCUCCUCCCUAAUGACAGAACUUUUCACCCUAUCUCCAAGGGAGAGCCCCGCCACCCGGCGGAGGAAACUCAUUUCGGCCACUUGUACCCGUGAUCUUGUCCUUUCGGUCAAAACCCAAAGAUCAUGAGCAUAGGUGAGGAUGGGAAGGUAGAUUGACCAGUAAAUUGAGAGCUUUGCCUUCCGGCUCAGCUCCUUCUUCACCACAACAGAUUGAUAAAGCCUGAAGACGCCGCAUUGAUCUCACGAUCCACUCUUCCCUCACUCGUGAACAAGACUCUGAGGUACUUGAACUCCUCCACUUGGGCAAGACCUCAUCCCCAACCUGAAGAUGGAACUCCACCGUUUUCUGGGCAAGAACCAUGGACUCGGAGGUGCUGAUAUAUACAUGUACAGUAUAAAACUCAGUUUCAUGGGGGGCCACAUCGCCCUCAUGAUAUUAUUCCAUCCCUCCAGGAUGCUGCGAUCACACAAAUUCCAGCAAUCCAUACUUUUUAAAAAUGCUGCAGAAAAACUGACAUUUUAGGAUGCCACUAUCACUAAAAAUAAGCCUGCAAAUGAUUACACCAUAAGGAUGGAUGUACAGUAGGAGGAGGAUUCAUUUCCCCCUAUUCGCCGCUGUCUUCCUGAUACGUGAAGUACGGGGGGAAGGUGCACUAUCAACUUUGGCGGCUAGAUUAGAAAGGAGAUUAAAGCGAACGCGUCCCAGCUCCAACUGAGUUCUAUUAGUGUAGAUACGAAUGUAAGUACUACGUACAGCAAAUGCUCUCCUAAAUAAUCUAUUUUUGAAGAAAUAACAUUACAUGGAAUCCUGAGUGGUGGAAUAAGCGGUAGGAAAUGGAUGGAUGAAAGGACUCUCGGGAUUCAUAAAUGGCACAAAACAAGCAUGUUUACUUGACCCAAUUACUGGGAAACCUAUCAAGCAGCUGUGUGUAAUAUUAGGACCAUCAGCGCUAAAUGUUAUGGACUUCUCACUUUUCUCUGGUCUGUUCCUGAUCAUUCAAAAAAGCGGUUAUUGUUCCUCUGCUAAAAGACCUCAUCUCAAUUCUGACCUCAUGGAAAACUUCUGCGCAGUGUCGCACCUCACCUUUAUCUUCAAAAUCCUGUAAAAAAUUGUAACACAGCUUCUAAAAGAACACGUGAGGUCUAAAUCUGUGAACCCUUUCAGUCCUGCCCAGGGCAAAUCCCUCCACGGAGAUAGCCCUCGCACUUGACACACUCUGGUCGCCUAUUGUAACAAUAUGUUUCAGUAUACUGAAAACGUGAUAUGUUCUAUGCUUUUACUGUGAAUACUGAAUGGAUCCAAACAUGUCCCUUGGAAAUACAAGCCAAAUGGUUUGGGGUGUAAUUACAGCUAUCAACCACUAGAUGAUCACAUUAAAUUCAGAGGAGUGCAACCAAAGGUCGUUUUUUUCCAAUCAUUUGACAAUGUCUAUUGUAUUAUUUCAUCUUACAAAAAUAAUGCUUCAAAUCGAUUAUUGAAUGAAUAUGACAAAAAUGGAUGAUUGGAUGGAAGUGUCCGUGUG